ACUCCUCAAAAAAGUCGGCAAGUAGUUAGUAGACAAAUACUCAAAUGAAAUAAAAACGAGUAUGUAAUAAUAUUAAAUUUUAUCGUAGGUAUCUAAUCAAUGUUCCUGGAAACAUUCAAUUUCAAAAUAAAGAGGCACUUUACCUCUUUUCAUACUAUAUGUAUAUGGUACAUAGUUAAUUGGCAACGUGUGCACAUAUGUACAUACAUUUCAAUAUUUGGUACAAUGAACCCUAGCAACCAGAACAGCAAUAUUUCAUAUCUAAAGAAUUAUUUGAUUUACGCACUUUAUACGUCAGAAACAAGCAAAAUUCGUAUAUUUUUCUAAUUUUAUCGUAUUAUAACGUCUUGUAAACAUUUUGUAUUGCAUUUUUGUUGUAAGCAUAGUUGACUUUUGAAAAUGAAUGACUUUGGAUUCAUCGAUUACAAAAAACCAAGUGAUGAGUGUAAGGACGAUAUGCGCACCUCCACAUAUCGGAGUCAUGUUUAUAUGACUGACACGAUGAUGGGGAAAAAUAUGCAUGCUAAAUUCAAAGAACCAAAACCGUAUAGUACAGACCCAACCUUAGAGAAAUUACGCACAAGCGACUACAAAGUCAAUUAUACAUGGAAAUAUGAUGACCCAAAUAAAAUGAUUAAUCCCUCGCUUGGCCCAAAAGUGCAACUAAUGAAAAAUUUCGAAGAUCGACGUCUACGUUUCAUUAGUCGUCCAAUGCGACCAGCCAGCAGCAUUAUGCACCAAGAUUACCUUUGGAAUCCUCAAACAGCACCUGCACCACCUACGCCUACGGCCCUACCCUCCCCUGUGGCGGCUUCUAAAGUGGUCAUUAAUCGUGCUAAAGCGAGUUUCUCUAAAUUACUCGAUCCAGCAGCAACCACUUCACGCCUAUCCUUUGUCCAUUACACGCCGGCUGAGUUGAUGGGUAGCGUGGCUCGACAUGACAAUAUAACAUUUUGGAAUUGGCAGAAAUAUGAUACACAAAUCAAGCGUGUUUUCCCCGGACGCGAUGAUACCCAAUGUGAUGACAAGGCUGCAAGAGAAUGCCCAAAACGCCAUUGUGAGUUCCCCAGCUUGGUACAACAUGUGCCCAACUCUGGCAUGACAACGGAGGUACGUGCCAAUUAUAUUGAGCCAAUUAAACGUACCAUAGACUUUGAAACUGCGCAUAUACACAAUCGUUUGGUAUACGAUCCAGUAACACCGUUAUCGAAAGAAACCGAAUACAAAGUGUACGGUUCCGGCGAGCGAACACUGAAAUAUGUCUAAAAAAUCUAACUCCUGUUCAAAUACUUAUAUCAAAGUACCCUUUUUUCAGAAUAAAUCGUAUGGUUUUGCAUUUAUAUAUAAA